AUGUUAAAGACUAAAUGUUUUCAGCAGUACACCUGGAUGUUGGUCCCAUGGAUCUGUCUCUUGCUUCCACAGUGCUUGGGCACAGCAGUCCCGGGGACCCCGUCUUCCAGCGUCCCACCACCCCGCAACCCCCUCUCCAGUCCCAACCUUGGGAACCAUCGUGGGCCCCCUGUGCCUCCCGGACCGGCAGACCCCGUGUUUUGCGCUCGGCUCCUCACAGCGGAUCAAGCACGAGCCCCCGGGCCGGUCGGAAAGCCUCCCCUCGAGGGGCCGCCGCCCAGCCGCCCACCGCCUGGUCAACACGCAGCCGCGGGCUCGCGCACCCACCUCUCUCCCGCGCCUCUUUCCGCCGCCAGGAGGUGGCUCCGGAGCGCGGCCCGCUUCUCGAGAGCCGGUGGAGGUGAAGCUAGAAGGCCUCUCCUGAACAGGCAGAGCCACGGCGGCGGCCGGCCUCUUCCGGGACGAGCAGAGGCACAAGCCGUCCCAAGAAGAGCUGCGGGAAGCCCUAGACGCCACGCAAACCACCAGGGACCUGGAGCGGACCCUGAACCCGGCCCUUUAUCUGCGCGCCGGGUUCCAACCGCGCAGGCGCCCAUCUCCGGGGCCUCCUGCAGAACCGCCGCGGGGUCAGCAGGUGAAGCUCAUCCAGAAGAUGGAGGCCCCCUGACUCACCUGGGAGGCCGGCGGCCCCGGGCCGGGCUGGGCGGGCACCGCUGCCAAGCGCCCAGCCUCCGGCACCACGAGGAGCCUCCGGAGCCCGGCAGGCGUUGA